CAACACAGCUACGCAGUGUUCGCGCGAUACCCUUUCGACUUGUUGUAUUAGCUCCGCAAGUCACCGAACUCUGCGCAUUCCGUUUUAGACCACAGCUUUCUACACAUCAAAAUGUCGUUCGGCGGUCAAACACCGACAAUCGUCGUGCUGCGCGAUGGCACCGACCAGUCCCAGGGUCGAGGACAGAUCCUCUCCAAUAUCGACGCCUGUCUCGCAGUUCAGUCGACCAUCAAGGGCACAUUAGGGCCCUAUGGCGGCGAUCUGCUCAUGGUUGAUGAGAACGGCAGGCAGACAAUCACAAACGAUGGCGCCACAGUCAUGAAGCUCCUCGACAUUGUCCACCCCGCCGCCCGCAUCCUCACCGACAUCGCACGAUCGCAAGACGCCGAAGUUGGCGAUGGCACAACGUCUGUUGUUGUGAUUGCUGGAGAGAUACUGAAGGAGAUCAGGGACUUUGUCGAGCAGGGUGUCAGCAGCCAGACAAUCAUCAAGGGCCUGAGGAGAGCGUCGAACCUCGCCGUUAACAAGAUUGUGGAGAUUGCGGUGGACACAGCCGAGGGCAACCAGCGCGACACGCUGCAGAAGCUUGCUGCGACUGCCAUGAGCAGCAAGCUGAUCCACCGAAACGCCGAUUUCUUCACCAAGAUGGUCGUAGACGCGGUGCUCACACUCGACCAGGACGAGCUGAACGAGAGGCUCAUCGGAGUCAAGAAGAUCACCGGUGGCGCCCUCCAGGACUCGCUUUUCGUCAAUGGAGUCGCCUUCAAGAAGACGUUCUCGUACGCCGGAUUUGAGCAGCAGCCGAAGUCGUUCCAGCAGCCCAAGAUCGUCUGCCUGAACGUCGAGCUCGAGCUCAAGAGCGAGAAGGACAACGCCGAAGUACGAGUGGAGCAGGUCUCGGAGUACCAGGCUAUUGUGGAUGCCGAGUGGCAGAUCAUCUACAACAAGAUGGAGGCGCUGUACAAGACCGGCGCCAAGGUUGUGCUCAGCAAGCUUCCCAUUGGUGAUCUCGCCACACAGUACUUCGCCGAUCGCGACAUUUUCUGCGCCGGACGCGUAGCCGCCGACGACCUCGACCGCGUGUGCCGCGCAACCGGCGCAAGCCUGCAGUCGACCUGCUCCGACAUCAGCGAGAAGCACCUCGGAACCUGCGAGAAGUUCGAGGAGCGACAGAUUGGUGGAGAGCGUUUCAACUUCUUCGAGGGCUGCCCCGAGGCGAAGACAUGCACGCUUGUGCUCCGUGGAGGCGCGGAGCAGUUCAUCGCCGAGGUUGAGCGAAGUCUGCACGACGCCAUCAUGAUCGUCAAGCGCGCGAUCAAGAACAGGAACAUCGUCGCGGGCGGUGGUGCUGUCGAGAUGGAGAUCUCGUCCUUCCUGCACAACUACGCCGACACAAAGGUCCCCCACAAGCAGCAGCCGAUCAUCAAGGCGUUCGCGAAGGCGCUGGAGGUCAUCCCCCGGCAAUUGUGCGACAACGCCGGUGUCGACGCCACAGACAUCCUCAACAGGCUGCGCGUCGAGCACAGGAAGGGCAGCACCUGGGCCGGUGUCGACUUCAAGACCGAGAGCGUCGCAAACAACAUGGACAUGUUCGUCUGGGAGCCCAGUCUGGUCAAGAUCAACGCUCUGCAAGCCGCCACAGAAGCCGCUUGCCUGAUCCUGAGCGUUGACGAGACCAUCAAGAACCAGGAGUCCCAGCAAGCCCAGGCCCCACAACAGCAGCUGCCGCCCGGCGCCGCGCAGAGAGCGCUCGGCAUGGGUGGUCGUGGCCGCGGCCGCGGCAUGCCCCGGCGGUAGAGGGGUGGAAGUCGAAUGUACUAUACAUCACCGACACAUCGCCGCUGCAGUACAGCGCCGAGAUAAGCUGUCAUGAUAAUGCGAAGAACUCACGACACAGACUCGAGAUCAGUGCGGUGAUGCGAUGCAUGUGAUGAAGUCAGCUCUUGACUGCUUUACGACUCGCACUACGUGAACUACUGACUUUGAGCCAGAACAGGUCAUCACCCCCAACUUGCCCGUCACCUCCCCUCUUCCCCCCAACACGCCAUGCCGUGUCCAUCCACCCCACCCCACCCAGUCUCGCACAGCUUAACAGCACUCUAUCCCUACUCUAACCUCAUCUAGAACCCCCCGAACCACUCGCCCAUCCAAAGCCAGUCCACAGCGUCGUCGCAAACACAGCCAACGGCGCUCGUC